AUGUUCCACAACCUAGGGAUCGGUCGAGUCAUGUACCAGCAGCACGAGUCAUAUCGGAAGGCGACUUGCCUUUUCCUUGCCACACUCACAGACGAUCCCUGCGACGACGGCAAGUUUACAUCUGACGGCAGUGACGGCUACAUCACCUUCUGGGCCACUCGACGGAGGCACCACCUUACCUACAGAGAGAUCGACCGAGCUCUCUCUCUACCGCCGGGCAACCGCCACGGUCUCGACGUCGACCGCGCCGAGAUGACAGCACUCUGGGGGACGAUCGCAUUUGGGGACUACUUCUCCUCAAGUGCGAAGUCUUUUCACAUCAGGAGCCCGCCGAUCCGCUACUUCCACAAGGCGAUCGCCAACACGCUCUUCUCGCGACAGGCCACCGGGAACGUCACAGAGACGGAGAUGGCCAUGAUCGACGUGGCACUCACAGGCAGUUAA